GAGGAUGGAGACCUGCCUUGCUGCUGAGGGCCUGAGUGUUGUGCGUGGAAUGAACAAACUCGUCAAGUUUGGGCUGCACAUUCUGAGCUGGAAUGUGGGAACAGCGUCUCCUCCUGAUGAUGUCGGUGACCUACUGCAUUUGGCUGGUCAGAGCCAGGAGCCGGACAUGUAUGUGAUCGGUUUACAGGAACUGAACUCGAAGCUGUCUUCGUUCCUCGUUGACCUGGCUUUCAGUGACCCCUGGACCAUCCUGUUCACCAACUCACUGGCUCCACUCGGCUAUGUUAAGAUAACCUCCAUCCGGAUGCAAGGAGUCCUGCUGCUGGUCUUUGUCAAGUGUUCACAUCUGCCCUACAUCCGGGACCUGGAGACUAAUUACACACGGACUGGCAUGUUUGGAUACUGGGGUAACAAGGGUGGUGUAACUGUCCGUCUGUCUGUCUACGGGCACCUGAUCUGUUUUCUGAACUGCCACCUGCCAGCUCACAUUGAGAACACGAGCCAGAGACUGGAUUCCUUCGAGCGGAUCCUGGAACUGCAGCAAUUCACUGGCAGCAGAGCAGAAACCAUUCUCAAUCACGACCUGGUUUUCUGGUUUGGCGAUCUCAACUUUCGCAUUGCUGACCACGGCCUACACUUCAUCCGAGAGACCAUCAGCAAGAAAUGCUACCACCUGCUGUGGGACAAGGACCAGCUGAACCGAGCGAAGAAAACUGAGCCAAUGCUGAAUGGAUUUCUGGAAGGAGAGCUGCAGUUCACGCCCACCUACAAAUUCAACCUGGCCUCCACCGAAUACAAUAUGAGUGGGAAGAAACGGAAACCGGCCUGGACAGAUCGGAUCCUGUGGCGACUGAAGGAAUGUUCCGAGGCUGGAGGGAGUGAGCCCCCAACAUCUGACCCAAAGAAAACGAUCAGUGUGAUUUUAAACACCUACAACAGCCAAAUGCAGUAUGGAAUCAGUGACCACAAGCCGGUGGUGGGAACCUUUUCCCUGGAGGUGAGGAUGGCAGGGAGACCACAGGCUAAUGGCAUUGGCAUGGGGACAGUGCAGGAAAGCAGACCCAGCUCUGAAAAGUGUGGGUGGGGGCAACUCUGGCUGGACAGUCUGGGAGGUGUUAGGUGCAAGACGGGGUUUGAGAGUGUGGUGAGCUGGGAAUGUCAUCCACUUGGUUUGUUGUUUCAGGUCGGGUUCCGCUGUCACACUGACUACGUGACAUAUCUCUGGGUGAAGGACGAUGAGUUAAUGGUCAGUGAUGAUGUUUACCAGGUAUAUCUGAAUGGUGAGGAGAUCCCCAGCUCAGGUGGAGAAUUCCUCCUCUGCUACUACAGCAGCAACAUGGAGACCAUUGUUGGAGUCAGCUGCCCAUUCCAGAUCCUGCCGGAGUGUGCAGACGGUCAGCUGGAGAUUGGAAAUGGAAUGGACGUGUCAUGUGACAACCCCGCUCACGGUCAGAUGGACACAUGCUGAGUGCCCAUUCGCUGCAUCAUGUGCCUUGUCUCUGUCGCCCAUGACAGUGGGAGCAGCCUAAUGCCUCCCACACACACACUCCCAACAUUGUCUCCCUUUCCCAGCUUGUUUUCCCACCCUGAUCUGCCCCUGCUCAGGUUGUAGCGUGGUGUGUGACCAGGUCAAACCCUGCCCAAAGGGGCCCCCAGAACGAGUUGCCCUGGACAGUAGGUGACGGUGGAGUGGGGAGCCUGUGACCAGUGUGCCUCGUUUACUCUGGGCCUGGUACCUUUUGCACACCGACCCUUGUUAGCCAGUGCUUUCUAGUUGUUUUCUCAACUCCCCUCUUCCCUUUUUUUUAUUGAUAACUGAAAGCAAUGCAAUUUAACCAAUCAUAAUAUACAUGCUUGUGUGGGACUGGAUAAUAAAUGGGCCCAUCCUGAGCUCACUCUGUUCAGGGGGAGGGGUUAAUGGUUGGUAAAAGAGGACAUUCUCUUGGGGAGACCUCUCAAAGAAACCCCACAAGUAGUUAGACACAAUGUUUUAAUCAUUCUUUUGCCAUCCUCACUAUCCUGUUGCAGGAAUAUUAUGAUGUUUUGUCCUUUGAUAAUCUAAUGACUGGACUGGACAUAGAAGAUUGUACACAGUGUUUCAUUGUGGUCUCUUUCUGGCUCCAAAGUCCUCUCCGAAAAUUAUCUGUGUGUGUGUGUGUCUCUCUGUCUCUUUCUGUGUCUCUGUCUCUCCUCUCUCUCUCUCUCUCUCUCUUUUUCUCUCUCUCUCUCUGUGUGCCUCGCGUUCCGUCUGUCACUCUGUCGCUCUGUGUCUCUGUCUCUCUCUGUCUCGGUGUGUCUCUCUUCUCUACACCCCCCCCCCCCCUCAUCAUCAUCUGUCAUUCCCACGGCCUCAUGCUGUGUUUUUGUUUUUAUUGUGUUCUAUCUCUGUUCCUCUGUCACUCUCUCUUGUGUUCUAUGUCUCUGUCUCCCUCCUUAUGAUGGAGACAGUGAUUUUUCUGGCUCUCUCUAACCCCGGACUGAGUGCAGACGGUGCGGGGGGGGAGGCUGCUGUGAAGUUGAGUGGUUUAUAUUUUUAUCGCGCCUGCCUGGUCUGUCGGGUUGUUGUUGUAUUGUUCUGUUUUUGGACUUUGUUCCCACAGGUGACAGCUGGGCUCUGACCCCUUCCCCAGGCUCCUUCUGAACAUCCGCUAUCCUGCCUGAGGAAUCUUUAACUGCCAAGGCUGGCAGAAGCAGAGAAACUGGCUGAGGCCAUUCAGCCCAUCCUUCCCAAUGAGCUCACUGCUGCUUUUGUAUCAGGCCUCAGUUCCCUGUGUCUGGUUUUUGUCGCCUUCCCAAAGGAAGGAUUUUGUUGUUAUUGGGUGGGGAGGGUUUCACCAUGAGUAAAGACUCUGGGGGUAUUCCUUCAAGGUUAAAAGUAUGCAAGUUGAUCUCCAUGAAGCUUUCUGAGGGUUUCACGGGGGAGCAUUCGGGGAAAUCUCAAACAUGGAGUGGUGGGGGGAGGGGGUCAGGCACUGAGUCAAGUGUUGGCCAUUUCAGACUGAGAUGAGGAGACAUUGCUUCACUGAGAAGGCUGUGAAUGGUUUGGGGUUCUGUACAGCGGAGAGCUGUGAGUGUCUUCGCAGGAGAGAUGGUCAGAUUUCUGAGCACUGGGGAAAUGGAGGGAUUGUUUGGGGAGCUGGGAUUCAGCUAGGAGAUCAGCAGAGGGGCUGAAAGGCCAUAUAGUGAUAGCCAGUCAACCCCGACCGAACAAAACAUCUGUUGAGCUCUGAUUUAAAAAUUGUCAAAUGAGUUUACGUUAAUGGUAUCAUUUUAAAACCCUGGGCCUGAAGCUAACUCAUCCCAUGGUGAGACACUCCCUCUGUGUGAUCGCUGUUUCUGAAAUGUUCACCACAGUCAGUGACCAAUUGUAAUUCCUUCUUCAUGGUGCUGUGUCUGAUGUAAGGACUGACAUUUUCUCAGAAACUUUGUUCAUGUUACGUCUGCAACCUCACUCCUGCCUGUUUCUUAAAAGAUCUGCCUUGGGCUGAAUGGCCUCCUCCUGUUCCUGUGGUACAGUCUCAACGGGCUGAGUGGCCUCCUGCCUGUCCUAUAAUGUAAGGAAAAUGGCCAAAGACCAAGAUGGGACUGAUUGGAGAAGGGGGUCAGGCUGGUGGGAAGGAUUGAAGGAGGGAGAGCGUUCCUGUCAGUCUCUGUCUCUGCCCUCCACUGGAGGGCCUCAUAACACCCCGUCACUCACCACCCCCUUGAUUUGUGGGGGGAUGUUACUCACCCUCCACCCGGGGGAGGAGGCCAGGGGUCAUCCCCGGUUCUGGGGGAAGCCGCAGCCUGGGUGGGUCCUCUGAUUUUAUUGAAGCCAUUGGUUAAACGGAUGUUUUUAAAUCUUUGCACUUUGCACAGGAUUGUAUUAGCAACUUGUAAAUGUUGGUUUUUAAUCACAGUAACAACAUCAAUUAAAACUGAAGGAACUUCUGAAAA